AUUUCCGGGUCUGAACCGGACCAACAAAUUCACGAUAUGAAAGUGUGGCUUAGUUAACCCGACCAAGGCGAACCGAACCGCCUGCGGCUGACAUGUCCGGGCAGAGACGCGGAAAGACGUUGAUAAUCACUGAUGAUGAGGAGGAGGAGGAGGAGCAGGCGGACCAGCUGAACCCGUUCUCCUUCAGGGAGUUUAUGCGCUGGAAGACUCACGACCCAGACGAGGAGCAGGACCAGAACCGAGUGGAGAGGGACUUGCCUCACCUGGAUGUGGACGUCAGCAGCUGCUUCCUGUCUGAGACUCACCUGGCACCACAGGAGGAGGAGGAUUGGGGGCGGAGCUUCCAGUCAGGUGUGGAGAGCACCUCCUCCCUGUGCACUGAAGAUGAUGAAGAGGAGGAGGAGGAGACCCGGUUCUCCUCUAAGCCUGAAGGAUCCACAGAGAACUAUGAGGGAGACGAUGAAACCUCCCUGGCCGAGGCAGCCCCCUCCUGCAGGAGGAGGACACCUCAGAUGCAACAGCUGAAGGAGGAGAACCAGGCUCUGAGGAGGACGCUCAUGGAGCUACAGAGGAGAGCCGAGGCUGACCAGCGCAGGGUGAUGCAGCUCACAGAGGAGCUGCUGCAGAGGAGGCGUCAGGAGGAGAAGGAGGCGCAGGAUCUUGAGAACAUGGUUCACUCUGUGGAGCAGAACCUGCAGCUGAUGACGAAACGAGCAGUCAAAGCAGAAAACACGGUUUCCAGAUUGAAGGCGGAGCUUCAGCAGCUGCAGGGGGAGGUUCAGCGUCUGGGCUCGGAGAACAGCACCCUGAAGGCAGCAGAGUCUCAGGUUGUCAUGACGAUGAGGCAGAACGCUCAAGUGGCUUCUGAGUACUUGAACAAAACGACGAGCCACGCCUACUCCUCCAUCCGUCAGCUGAUGGGGGAAGCAGAAACUCUCCGCCUGGUGUCUCAGCUCCUUCAAUCCAUCGAUAAGAUCUCAGGCGUGGAUGCAGAGUCCUGAGCUGCUCCUCAUCCUCUGCUCUCUGUCACGUCAGAGGUCAGAGGUCAGAGGGCAGGGCCGCCGUCCAGGGACGCUGAUGAAGCUUCACGCUGAACUUGAACUACAAAGUUUCUGCAUCUCCUGGUGGGAAGUGAAGCUGCCUUUCAGCAAAAGAUUUAAAAUCUUCCACAUUUACUGUAAAGCUUCUGUUUUUUGAACCGUUUGCGGUCAUGUUUUCCUCUCUAAACUCUUUGAGUCAUGAACACGCCACCAACAAGGCUGUUUUCAUCGUAAAUUUCCAUGGAAACCAGAAGAAGUUCCAGCUUUGGAGAAUUCUCUGCUCAGUUGUUCCUAUUUGAAGGGCAGCUGUGGAUCACAGACUGCCAUCUAGUGGUGUGGAGUGGUCUCGUCAAGUGAAGAAUAUCUGAUCGCCUCUGACUGAACCGGAAAUGCAAACCUGCUCAGCCUUCAUUCAUGUGCACGUUUGCAUCCUGCUUUACAGGAACAACGUUCAUGUUAACAUGAUUUUUUCAGGACCACCAUUUGAAAGGAUUGACCCUCUGUGGUUGCCAUAGUUGCAGUUCAUGAAAAGUUUUUGGUGAGGUGUUACAGACUUGUGCCAUAACGCUUCAUUUAAGGAUGAAUCGUGCUGCCAGAAUGUGUCAUUGCUAUAUUUUUAGAGGGAAAUAAAUGAUGAAUGUUUUUAUCAAAUGUCUUAUAAUGCAUAAAAUCACUUCAGAAAGCUGUCUGCCUUUUUUUGCUAUAAAGUGUAUAAAAUGA